AUGUGACAUUAAUGCCGGCAUGAUAAUAUUUAUAAUAUUCCAGUUGAGUGAACAAUCCACCAAAUUUACACACACACACAAGAAAAAACUGUGGAAAACCCUUUAAAAUGAACUGAUUUGUUAUUGCAGUAGCAUAACAUUUAAUCUCAGCACAUUUUUGUUUUCAUGUUAAGAAGCUUUAGAGUUAAAUAAACUGGUGCCACAACACAAUCCCUUUAAAACAAUUUGUAAGCCAUGACAGCUGUGUUUGCCUGCCAAUGCUGAAUGGGACAGGGCAGAAGCUACUUUCCUUUAGCUCACCCUCCCAACACCUAAAUCCUACCUGGAGAGAAGGAGGGUCAAAGAUCACGGUCUACCUCAAAGCUUGUGCAACUUAAUAAGAGAAGAGGGGAGCAAUAAUUUGGUAUAGCUAAUUUAUUCGUGGUUUUUUUCUAUGAUACAUUACCAAUUCUUGUUUACAUAACAUUUAUUGUAAAUGAGUAACAAUCGUGGUCUAAAGUUUACAACAGUGUCCAAGAAAUCCCAAAGCUAAAGCUGGCACAAAAAAAAGAAAGUUAAUAAAAAUAAGACUUAAAGUUGUUUCAGCAUUUGACAUUCACAUUCUUAAACCCUCUUUACACCAAGUGGCGAGAAAAUGGUCACUAUACAGAAGAGCCAUAAAGCCCUUAGCUUUUCCGGAGUAAAUAUGUCGAAGUCCUUUAGCUAACCGGCUAGCUGUUAGCACAAUGUAGCCUGACAGGUUAAUAGGAGUUCUGUGUGUUCUGAGGUCGUCUAAUACGAACAUUAACGACGGAAACACUUUAAUUCAAAAUUAUGUGUAAAACCAGCGUCUGUCUCGGUGCUAAUAGGAUGAGCUCUCCGCCCGAGCCGACACCAGGGUGCUCCCGAUUGCUCAGAGACUUCGCUGAACGUCUGAGGAGAGUUUGGGAGGAGUUCAAGUACAAACUGGAGGAAGUUUUUGGAGAACUUCUCCAAUGUACCUGCUUUGGGAAUGCUCCUGAGAGGAGGCUGGCUCAAGAUUUCUUGUCAUUGCAGCUCAUGUGUGAUGAUGAAACUCAGGUUUUCAAUCAAAGAAGCCUCCCAGCACUGAAACGACUUGCAGCCUCUCAAAAUGCAGAUCUGCAAAUGUCUGCAGCCAUAUAUUACCUGCACAUCAGUCACCACUUGAACUCUCCCUUACCAGAUGCCUUCGUGGAACCAAUCACGGCUCUUCUUUUGUCCUCUGACCUGGAUGUGCAGAAGACUACUUCCUUUGCCCUGGUUAAUCUACUAGUUAAGAAGAAUGUUUGUAAAGAGUCGGUGAUCGAGACGGGGAUGUUGGUGCCGCUGUUGGAGUUGCUCCAGUCGGGGGAUCCGAUGGCUCAGUGUCACUCUUGUGCCUGCGUAGCCAUGCUGGCGUCCUCAGAAUCGAACAGAGAUUCUAUUUUGGUGGAUGGAGUGAUGCCUCUGUUGGCUUUGGCAAAAUCCUACGAUCCAGCGGUACAGCUGAAUGCAGCAUGGGCCCUGUUACAUCUCACCCACUCAGAUUGGUCAACAAGAGCUCUGUGUCAGGCAGGGGGCAUCCCUGUCCUGGUUCUCCUGCUGCAGUCCUCCAGGUCAGAAGUUCAGUUUUACAGCUGCACAGCUCUUUGCAACAUUGCCGCCGUUCAAGAGCAUCACCCAAAGUUGCUCAGCGUCGGGGGUCAUUAUUUGUCUAAGUCGCUUUUGACGCUGAUGUCUUCCUCUGUAGAAAAGAAUGCAGCCCAAGCAUGCAGAUGCCUUCAAACUGCCACAAAACUGGGGCUCCUCAUGAGCGAAGGACUGUUGAGGGAAGUCGGUCAGCUGCUCCAUCAUUCCAGCUCAAACUCUGCUCUGAUCUCACAAAGCUGCGAGCUCAUCGCUGACCUCUGCGGUGCCUGCAUGGACGAGCAGGCUGUGACGGAGAGCCUGUGCUUAUCAGGGCUGCUCCGAGGACUUGAGUCUCCUUCCCUGUCAGAUGAGACGUUGCUGCGUGUGACUUUGUGUUUACGUCACCUGAUGAGCUGGGAGGGGCUAAGGACUACGCUGUCCACUUCGGUAUCACCAGAGCAGGUUGGGAGACUGGUGCAGCUUUCUGGACAGACAAGAAAUCCCGAGUUGGCGUACAACUCUGCAGCCAUCAUACACAUGUUUGAACUGACGGAAGGCUUCCUCCAGCUGCUGAGGCCUCACUACAGCGCAGUGUCUAAAUAUUUGUUUCUCUUCCUCAAAAGGAAAGAUGUUAAAUUCCAGCAGCUUGGUAUUGCAGCGAUGGCUAAACUGAAGAAUGAUGGAGACUUUUUAACGGCGGUGACUGAUGGUGACCUGGAGGCUCGGCUGUCGCACAGACAUGAAGAGACGGAGGAGACGAGAAUGAUUCAGCCUCCGUCGCCAUCUUCUGGUUAAUCGUCGACUUGCUUAGUAUUUUUAUGAACAGUCUAAGAUGCUCACUUUGAUGCAAAACUAUGAUUUGUUUUUUUUAUAAAAAAAAUUUUCAUACAUGCUGCUUUUUUCUUAAAUCGUUUUUUAUAUUUGUAUUUGUUUUGCAUAUUUAUCUUUAAAAAGAAGAAAAGGACAUAGAUGUGGCAUCAGCUUUAAUCAUUUCUAACAUGUAUUUGAACAUUUUCAUAAAGCUAACUUGUGAUAGUCUACAACAGUACUUAAGGUAUAGGAUCAAGUUUAAGUCACACUUUUUCUGCAUUUUUCUGCUUAAAAAGCAUUUAACCAACAGCUCUCUGAUUCGAAGCAACUGUGAGCGAAAAGAAAAAAAAAAGAAAAGGCAUUGUUGCAUUCUCGCCUCUAGGAUAAGCAUACACACAAAAUUAAAGCCCAUCUUUGGAAACCGUA